AGGAUAGGAGUAAGUCUUUUAUUAAAACCCUGAAUCAAAUAUGUCCCAGUAGUAUCAGUUCCCAGCGAUGAUAAAAUAAAGAACCGGUUAGGAGCCAUACGAGCCGACUCUUCUAAGGGAACCUACUACUUUGAAAAGAAUUGAAGCGCCUCACCAGGUCCUUUAAUUUGAAGGCGCUGACCGGAAGCGGGUGGGGUGCGUGUUUAUAACAGCUGGUUCUGCUGGUAGACGCGUUUGUUCCUCUGUUGGAGGCGUUGAUGUCGGACCAUGUCCCCGCUGCUGCUGCUGCUGCUGCUGCUCGGCCUCCUCUGCCUGCUGCUCUGCGUCCUCCGCGGCAGGAACAGAAGACCUGGCGAGCCUCCUUUAAUAAAGGGCUGGAUUCCUUUCAUUGGGAAAGCUCUGGAGUUCCAUAAAGAUGCCCAUGGCUUCCUCGAACAACAAAGAAGGAAGAUGGGAGACGUGUUUACGGUCCUGUUAGCAGGUAAAUACACGACCUUCAUCAUGGACCCGUUACUGUAUCCAAGCAUCAUCAAACAUGGCCGGCAGCUGGACUUCCACAAGUUCACCCAUAAGGUGGUUCCCCUGACCUUCGGCUACCCGCCCGUCCUCAGCACCACGUUCCCUGGCCUAUGGGAGCAGAUCAAGCGCUCCUUCCAGCUCCUGCAGGGCGACAGCCUCACGCCCCUGACAGAGAGCAUGAUGGGGAACCUGAUGCUGGUCUUCCGGGAGGAUCACUGUGGGCGCGACGACGGCUGGAGGAGCGGCAGCCUGUAUGAAUUCUGCUCCUCGGUCAUGUUCGAGGCCACCUUCCUCACCAUCUAUGGCAAACCAGCGACCAGCAGCCGCCACAGCGAGAUGGAGGUGCUGAGACGCGACUUUGUCAAGUUUGACAACAUGUUUCCGCUCCUCAUCGCUCAGAUCCCCAUCUGGCUGCUGGGACAGACCAAGGCCAUCCGCCAGAAGCUCAUCAGCUAUUUCCUGCCCCAGCGGAUGGCGUGCUGGUCCAACACUUCCCAGUUCAUCAGGAGACGGUUGGAGCUGUUCGAGCAGCACGUGGCGCUGAGCGACACAGACAAAGCAGCUCAUCAUUUCGCCAUUCUGUGGGCCUCGGUGGGGAACACCCUUCCUGCCACCUUCUGGGCCGUGUAUUUCCUGGUGAGCCACCCUGAUGCUCGGCAGGUGGUCCGUCAGGAGAUCCUGGAGGUCCUACAAGGCAGCGGUGUGGAUUUCAGCAGCGACAGAGAUGUGAUGCUCAGCAGAGCGCAGCUGGAUCAGCUCAUCUUUCUGGAGAGCGCCAUCAAUGAGAGCCUCCGCCUGUCCUCCGCCUCCACCAACAUCCGAGUGGCCCAGGAGGACUUCACCCUGCAGCUGGAAGCCAAGCGCUCCAUGGCCGUCAGGAAUGGAGACAUCAUCGCCCUGUACCCUCAGAGUAUGCACCUGGACCCCGAGAUCUAUGAGGAGCCACAGGAGUUCCGCUUUGACCGCUUCGUGCAGGACGGCAGAGAGAAGACGGAGUUCUACAAGGAUGGACAGAAGCUCCGGUACUACCUGAUGCCGUUCGGGUCCGGGUCCUCCAUGUGUCCCGGCCGGUACUUUGCCAUCAACGAGAUCAAACAGUUCGUGUGUCUGCUGCUGCUCUACUUCGACCUGCAGCUGGAGGACGGGCAGAACCGACCGGCGCUGGACCCUGGCCGGGCCGGGCUGGGAAUCCUGCUGCCGUCCACAGACGUCCGGUUCCGCUACAGACUGCGAGCCGUGUGACCAGAAGCCAGCAUUUUCAACCAGAGUCUGACAACAAAACCAACGGUUGGACUAUCUGCAGAAACCUUCCUCGUAAUCUUCAUCAUCAGUUCAAUCCAGCUUUAUUUAUACAGCUCCAAUUCACAACAAAGUCAUCUGAAGUUACUUUUACAGACACAGUCCAGUUCAUCAUAGUGCAGUUAUAAUCUGAUUAACACAAGUUCCUUAUAUUAUCUACACUAGUCCUGUUUAUAGUAACUGUGUUCAUUAAAUAAUUACCUAGCUAAGAUAAGGGAAAGUAGACAGGAUGGAUCAGAGGAAAGGAGACAGGAUGGAUCAAAGGAAAGGAGUCAGGAUGGAUCAGAGGAAAGGAGUCAGGAUGGAUCAGAGGAAAGGAGACAGGAUGGAUCAGAGGAAAGGAGACAGGAUGGAUCAAAGGAAAGGAGUCAGGAUGGAUCAGAGGAAAGGAGUCAGGAUGGAUCAGAGGAAAGGAGUCAGGAUGGAUCAGAGGAAAGGAGUCAGGAUGGAUCAGAGGAAAGGAGACAGGAUGGAUCAGAGGAAAGGAGUCAGGAUGGAUCAGAGGAAAGGAGUCAGGAUGGAUCAGAGGAAAGGAGACAGGAUGGAUCAGAGGAAACAAAAUGUUUUCCUGCUUUUAGGGAACGAGGUGGAUGGGACGUUCAGGGGAAGCAGGAAAUUCUGGAUGGGCCUUUACAUAAUG